UCAAUACCAUUCUAUGUAUCUUUGCAAUAACAGUGAAAAUGAUGCCCAAAUGCAGGCCAUGAAGUAAGAAACCGAGCAAGAGAAGCUCAGAUAGAAAGAGAGAGAGAGAGAGAGAGUAGCUCUGAAACUAUCAAUACAAACUCACAUCUCCGAAUUCUCCACCAUCGUUGGCAAAAUGGCGAAGCUGGUGGAGAUCAUGGAGGACGAGAUCCUGAUCGAAUUCAAGCCGAUGAUCAAGUGCCGGACAGAGAUCCACGUCCGAUCACUCCAUCACACAGACAUCAUCACCUUCAAGGUCCAGUCAACGGCGCCUUCCAGGUUCCACGUCACGCCGCCGGCCGGACUCCUCCACCCGCUCUCCACGGUGGCGCUGCGUAUUACACUGCGUCCUCAGCCAGAGUUGCCGACCUCUACCGAUCGCUUCCUCAUUAGAGCAUCACUCGACUCGAAAACUCAAGACACGAAGCUCCGAGUCUCAUACACCGGACCCUCAACGUAUAGAGACUUUAGUUAUUUCAAUCCCCUUUUUAAGACUUCGGCUUAUAUUAAUAAGCCAGAAGAAUUAAUAGAGGAGACUGCGGAGGAGAUGGUACUACUAGUAGCUGCAAGGAGAGGAGACAUUGCAAAGCUUCAAUCUCUGUUGAAAAAGAAGCCUGCUGUUGCUGGUGUUAGUGUUAGUACUCAUAGCAAAGACCAGUAUGAUACAACGGCGCUUCACUGUGCAGCGCUGAAGGGUCACCGUGAGGCAGUGUCGAUGCUUGUGGCGUUUGGGAUUGAGAUUGAAAGCCAGGAUGUUGAGGGGCACACAGCUCUGCAUCUCGCAGUGGAGGGUGGGUCAUUGGACACUACUGAGAUGCUCAUUAACCUUGGAGCUGACGUUGAAGCAAAGACCAACAGAGGGGCCACACCUCUCCGGAUGGCAAGGUCUAUGGGGUAUGCCCAUAUUGAACACUUGCUCACCAGCAGAGGAGCUUCUAUUUGAUGGCCUUUUGCAGAACACCUCAUUCAUGUAGCCAUCUCUAUUGCAGCCCGUACAAUUAUUAAAUAUAAACCCAACACAUUCUGUAGGCUCAA